AUGAUUGACAUACAAGAUUCAUCUUUAACACUUCGUCAUCAUUUAUUAAAUUAUAUUAAAACAAACGAAAGGGCAAUCCACGAUAAACAUAGAUUAAAUAAUUAUUCAUCCGAAACCGGAGCAAUGUUUUCCAUCGGUCAUUCAGUAAAAUUAAAGCAUACAUCAGAAGUAGUUUAUAGAACUGUUGUAUUUUAUUGUUGUCAUGGUGGUAAAAUACGGAAUCGUAGUAAUGGAAUACGACCGCGACAGCAUCACUUGUGUUUACAGUGCUCGGUUAAGACUCGGCUACAAAGUAACGGGACAACCUUAAAAGUCACUGUAAUUAAUUUAAAUCAUAAUCAUAAAGUUGAUCAAUCAAAUUUAAAGUUUUAUACUCAUCAACGUCGUUUGGAUAAUGACACUAUUGAAUUAAUAAAAAAAUAUAAUAAUCAAAAGUUCCUCGAAUAUUAUUCGUGA